AUGGCUCGUUUUACGCUGCUGGCCCUGCUUCUUCCUAGUAUUCAUGCUUACAUACCGAGUCUGCCUCGCAAUGUCGUCCGGGCGGAUGGAGAUAAGCUGCCCUCUGGGAUCCCGCGACCUCCGGAGCCGCCGCUCACCUACAAUGCGACUGCGGAGUCUCUCAACACGUUGAUGGACGGGCUGACUGAAAGGGAGACAUCUGUUGUGGAUGAAAUCGUCGCCAGCGUGGACGCAAGUAACGCCACAUUCGACAAUGUCUUGCUGCCAUAUCUCUUGUGGGAGAACGAGAGGAUUCGACAGGCCAGGCCGUUCGGGGCUUACGGCAUGUUUAGCACUGAUGAAGACCUCCAGGCCGCUGCAGAGAACAACACCGGCAGAAUCUCGAGUGCGAUACGAACAACGCUCGCUCGACAGGACUUCUUCACGCUCGUCGAUGCAGUGAACUCGCAAUACGGCAACGAUUCUUCCUUGGGCCUUGAGAACUUGAGAGCACUCAAUGGUCCGACUGUUGACAGUACGGGUCCUGGCCUGUGGACAACCUUCAAGAACAACGGGCAAGAUCUCAAGGACGACUCAGAGCGGAAAGCGUUGCUGGAUCUGCAGGACCGACUGCAAGACGCUGUGUCAAAUUUUGGAGAUACUGUUGACAAUGAUAACACCACAAUCUUCUUCACUGCCGGAGAGCUGGAUGGGGUGGACACAGACGUCGUGAGCAGGCUCAAACCGGGAGAGGGAGACAAGCUCAUAGUGCCGGUGACCGAUGGCAACUUCGCUGCCGUCAUGGCCAAAGCCAAGAACGCCACGACCCGAUAUGAGAUGUACAUGGCGUACGGGAGCAAAGCGCCCAGCAACGUCGACACUCUGAAGGAUAUCAUUACACUUCGCGAUCAGAUUGCUCGACUGCUUGGAUUCCCCGACUAUGCUACAUACAAGACCAACAAUCAAAUGGCAAAGACUCCUGAAGCCGUCGAUGGCUUCCUCGCAGAUCUUGCUAAACGACUUACUCCAGCCUCACAGAAGAUCAUUGAUUAUGAAAAAGAGCUGAAGAAGAAAGAAGAGGGCAAUGCGGAUCACUUUUUCGCGUGGGAUGCGGCCUACUAUGAGGAGAAGACAGACGAGGACAACAGCGUGAACUUUACGUUGAUUUCGGAGUGGUUCGAGGUCAACACGACAGUCUCGCGAGUGCUCGACAUCUACUCGGUGCUUUUCGGGCUCCGUUUCGACAGGAUCGACGGCGAGGACGCAGAUCAGCUGUCCAGCACAGGCAAGGGCAGUGAUCUUCUAUUGCAUCCCGAUCAGCAGCUCUAUGCAGUGUGGGAUUCCGCCCCGAGCUCAUCGUCUGACGACAGUAUGACUGGGUACGGGGAUUUCAAAGGCUACGUGUGCCUUGAUUUGUUUGUUCGGGAUAGUAAAGGAGGCGGCUCCUUUCAGAUGCUAGUCACUCCCAGUUAUACGAGGCAAGACGGCACGAGAGCGUACUCGCACUCCACGAUGAGUCUCGAUGUGGUCAAAUCCGAGUCGGAAAAGCCAUCACUACUGACGCAAGACCAGCUUUCCGGUCUCUUCCACGAGUUAGGCCAUUGUAUGCACCAAAUUCUGUCGGAGACCAAGUACGCCAGAAUCAAUGGUCCCAUCGCUACUCCCAUCGAUUUUGUCGAAACGCCAUCUCAGCUGAUGGAGCAGUGGGCUUAUAUACCGGAAGUUCUCAAGCGCGUCAGCCGGCACUACUCAUACAUCUCACCAACGUACGCGGACAUCUGGAGGAAGACGCAAGGUGGUGAUAUGAAUGCCCAACAACCCGAGGAGACAUUGCCCGCAUCGCAAAUUGAGAGUAUCAACAACGACAAAAACGCUUACAGUGCUCUGUCGGCGCUGAAACAAGUCUAUUAUGCGACCUACGACAUGCGGAUCAACGAAGCAGAUUAUGUACAGAAACAGAUCAACGAUCUCGACAUGACGACUCUCUUCAAUCAAUUGAAAACAAACAUGACUCUCACAGAAGGAGCAGAAGCCAUUGGAAAAGGCUGGACAUCAACUCAUAUGCAGAGCACCUUUACCCAUAUUUCGACUUCCAGUUACGGCGUGGGCUAUUACGGCUACCAGUAUGCUCUGGUCAAUUGCCUCGACGUACUCUACACGGCUUUCUUGCAGGACCCAUUCAGCAGUGAGGCUGGAGGGAGGUGGCGACGCAUCGUGCUGGAGCCCGGUGCCAUCAAGGAUCCGGAGGCGAUGCUGGAGGAGUUUUUGGGACACAAGCCGAGUGAUGAAGCAUAUUUCAAGGAUUUGAACAUGACCACUCCUGCUCCAUAGUACAUCCACGGCUGAUUAUGGUGCUAGCAGCCUUCAAUACUACAUCUAAGGACCUCCUUUUUUCCCCCUUGCUCUCAUCAGCCGGUAGAAGUCGUCGUAUUCAAGCACGUCCCCGCAGCCAAACAUUGCACCGCACACUCCUCACAUUUUUCCUCAAUAUACUCCACCCUGACCCCCGUCUCCCCCUCCACCACCUGCGCAUUCGAAUACAACAUUUCCGAAUCCACCCAAAAAUUCUCAAACAUCUGCAAUCCAUUCGUCCUCGCAUCCCCCGCCCUCACCACCGUCCCAUCGCGUCGAAACGCUUUCGCAUCAUAAAACUCCACCGUCCCAAAAUCCGGCAAAACCUGUUUCGUAUAAUUCUCAUACGUCCCCGACUCCGCAAUCCACUCCGCCGACGUCCCGGGAAUCGAAUAACUCGGUCCACGCCAUUUCGUCGGCGCCGAACGCGUAUGCGUAAUAACUUUCGACGAAUUCCGAUUUUCCAUAUACACCGUCGCGAGCAUUCCAUUUGAUGAAACAUUCAAUCUCACAUAUACAUGUUCUCCUUCCAAGACGGGAAAAUCAUUUACAGGGACAAAU